CCUCAGAAGUUUCAUUCUGCCUACAACCUCUGACCACUCUCUGCAGCUGCCCAGGUGACUGUUUGCAAGGAUGACCCAACUGGAGACCUCCAUGGUUCUGCUCAUGAAAGUCUUUGACACUUAUGCCUGUGCAGAAGGCAAAAAAGAAACUUUAUCCAAGGAGGAGUUGAAAAAACUGAUGGAAAAAGAGUUGCCUGGAUUCCUUCAGGGUGGAAAAGGAAAAGAGGAUUGUGACAAGCUUAUGAAGGACCUGGAUGAAAAUGGCGACUGUGAAGUCGAUUUUAAAGAAUUUGUCAUCUUUAUUGCUACAAUAACCUGUCUGGUACACAAUAAAUUUCAGAAAUAACUAAUUAAACCAGUCACCUUUUAUAAAUAAAGCUUUGUAAUUUACAAUACAGUA